AUCCUGACAGUAGGAGUCUCUGUGAAAACUAAACAUGUUCCAGUGCUUCCCCCUAGUGCCCCUAAUGUCAUUUGUAAGUUUACACCGUGCCCAAAGUAAAAAAAAAAAAAGUGCUGGAGUACGUUCAUUUGCAAGUAAGAAACACAUAUAAGAUUUGAGAGUCCGCUGCAGUAUCAUGAAACACAGAACAAUGGCUGAGUAAAGCUACUGUAGCUACAGUGUUGAUUGUUGGAUGUGUGAGUCUCACUGGCCAGUUGCUGUUUGUAGUGAUGAUCUGGUAAAUGAGGCGCUUUUAUCAAAAGCACUUUACAAUUUGCCUCUCAUUCAACCAUUCACACAAACACCCACCCACUGAUGCAAGAGCGUAACUUUGGGUUCAACAUUGGGGGGGUUGAGAUCCCCUCUUUUGAGCAAAAUUUAAAUUUUGAACAUCACUACACGUUUGCUGGAGUUUCCACUCCAGAAAAACAACGUAAGAGAGGUGUGGAAGGCAUGAGAACCAUCACUGGUUUCAGGUCAGCUGACAAUGGGAUUGAGGGAGGAGUGGAUAGGGCAAAUGAACUGAACCUGUUUUUUAACAGGUUUAACUCAGCAGCCCCCACCCUGCCGACUUCAGAGUCAACUGAGACCAAACCACCACCCCCCUCCACCUCCUAUCUGCUCUCCCACUUCAUUUCCUGCAUCCUGACAUCAGCAAUAAUGCCACAGCCCAGAAUGAUGCUGGUGGUGACGGGAGAUGACUUCGGCUACUGUCCCAGGAGAAACCAGGGGAUUGUAGAAAGCUUCCAGGCUGGAGGCAUUUCUAAUGUGUCACUGCUGGUCAACGCCUCUGCUGCCAAAGAGGCAGCAGAUCUGGCUAAAAGGCACAACAUCCCCAUGGGCCUCCACGCCAACCUGUCAGAGGGCGUUCCAGUGUGUCCGAGCCUGCAGCAGGCCUCCACGCUGGUAAACCAGCGAGGCUUCUUCCAUGGGAAGAUGGGCUUCCGCCAGGCGCUGGAGAGAGGUCAGCUCAGCAUGAAACAGGUGGAGCUGGAGUUGCGGGCCCAAGUCCGGCUGUUCAGGGAACUGACGGGGCACCUGCCCCACCACAUGGACGGACACCAACACGUCCAUGUCCUGCCAGAGGUGCGUGAGGUGUUUGCACAGGUCCUGUCAGAUCUCAAGAUCACAUACACUCGAGUUCCAGUGGAGCCAGGUUUACACAGCUGUCCAGCCGUGCCAGAACACCUCCACACAUUCUACACAGAGGUGGAGAAGGACGCGCUGGACUCCAUCCCUGUCUUCACACGCUACGGAAUCAGGUGGCCAGAUGUGUACCUGGGACUGACCACCAUGGGCCAAAACAUGUCGGUCCCCAACCUGCAGAGGGCCCUGAGCCACGCCUUGGCGGCAGGGCCUUCUUCGGGCACUAGCUGCAGCAGUGCAUCCGGCUGUCAUCCGCCUGUGGUCACAGCAGAGCUCAUGGUCCACCCGGGUUACCCCAGCCACCCCCAGGAAGGAGGCUGUGGAGAGGGCCCCGACGACUUCUCCCAGUCAGCUGACAGACAGCACGAGCUGAGCGUGCUCAGAGACCCGUCGCUGCUGGCCCUCUACAGCCAGGAGAGAGUGCAGCUCUGUGCCUUCAAAGACAUCUGAGGACUGCUGUCUUACAGUGGCAAACAUGUAUGUAGGGCUGGGCAAUGUAGCGGUAUUAUAUCCAUAUCGUGAUAUGAGACAAUAUUUCAUCGAAGAUUUUGGAUAUCGUGUUUUUUUCCUGGUUUUAAAGGCCGCAUUUCAGAAAAGUGGCCAGACUGUUCUAGAUGUUCUAUUAUUCGCCUUUCCCCACUUAGUCAUUGUAUCCACAUUAUUGGUGGUUAUUUAUCUAAACUCUCAUUGUGUAAAUACUUUGUGAAAGCACCAAUAGUCAACCCUACAAUAUCGCCGCAAUAUCGAUGAGUGAUGAUAUGAUUUUCUCCGUAUCGCCCAGCUCUACGUGUGUGUAUACUGUAGAGAACCAAAGUGAGUGAGUCCCAUUGACAUCCGUAAUACCACAAAUUAUUUUAAAUCUGCCCUAAUUCAUAGUAUGUGAUAGAAGGUGAAAUUUUAACAAACAAAACAAUGUAACAUAGUGGUAACUAUUCUGUGAGAAUGGACCUGUCUCUCUCUUUUAGUCCAGACAUGGCUCCAACAACAGCACAAUCUUUCUUUUUGUUAAAGACAAUUUCUAAAAGCACAGAAAGAUGUACACUGCCACGCUGGUAAAACCGUAUGAGUCGUUUUUUAAUGCUAUCUAAUACAUAAGUAAGACUGUGGAGCACAGAAGCACUACAUAAAAACUACAGUAACCUAUAAACUGGAAUGUAUUGCUCUCCUUAAAGUAUGUUGAAUAAUGAAGAGGUGAUUGUUGAAGUUGAUAGAAAAAAGUUUGUUCUGUAUGUAAGCCAUACCAGGUGCUGCUACCAACAUGCCAGUAAUUGCACAGUCAUAUGUUUUUAUAAUGUAGUUUUGUCCAUCAUCAUGCACAGUAGUCACCAAGUAGAGUGGACAAGUUAACAGCUGAGAUCAGGGACGAUUAGACAGGUUGGGAACAAACCAGCAGGCUAGUCAAACUUAUUCAGAAGACAGUGAACUGCCUGCCCCACUUCCUGCUUCAGCUCUAACCUGCUGUACUCACUGGAGUUGUGUUCACACCGUUUUCUUGUACGUUGAAGGACUAUUGGUAUCAACUCAAAGACACUGAACUUCAGUUUGACCUCCAGAUAUUUAGAUAAUCUGGAUAAACUGGUGCUUGGGUUUCUGUCUGAUUGUCUUGGCUGCCCUGUAGUGAUGUCAUCAUCUCCCCAGAUGUCAGCUUUAACUCAUGUUUUAGGGUUAUUGGGUUUAAUGUUAUUACUGAUGAAUGAAACUACAGAAAGAAGACACAUGUUUUACUUUUAAGAUGAGUUAUUAUGUAUGUUAUUAUGUAUUAUUGAGGUUCAGACUCUAUUCUUAACACCUUCAUUAUUUCAGUUUUGUGCUCACUGUUGCAUAUUCCUCAAUUAAUGUGCUUAAUCAAAUGACCACACAGCGAUCUGUGGGUCAGGUAGUAUUCUAUCAUAGAAAAACUCUGCCCAGUGUAAAACAGUGGAAGGGUGGGUCAAAUCAGCCUAUUUCUGUACAAGUGAAUGAAGUCAUGUAGUUGUUGUGGUUUUUAUUAAAGAGGGUGAAGGGAUGAUUUCCAAUAAUCUCAGGUCUGUGUAGCACUGAACAUCUGAUAACCUGCCAAAUGUGUGUCUCUAAGAGAAAUCACCUGUAACAGUACAGUAUGUUUGUAAUAUUUACAGCUGGUAUCUGGGUAUUUGAAAUCCUAUAUUUUGAUAAAGUUUCUGUUGAAGCUUUUUUUAUACAUUGCUAUUUGAAUUGUUACAAAGAUCACAACUGAAGAGCUGAGCUAAUAAAUUAUGUCAAAAUGA